AUGGAAUCUGGCCCUGUUUCAGGUCUCAGACCGUCUAAUGCUAAUGUAACAGACUUUGAGUUAUGGAUACGGAUGGCUACAGACAAUAAGAUCAAUGCCAAUAAUUCGUGGAAUUUCGCUUUAAUUGAUUUUUUUCAUGAUUUAUCACUAUUACGAGAAGGCAAGAGUAUAAAUUUUCAAAAAGCAUCUGCCACUCUAGAUGGCUGUGUAAAGAUAUAUUCCUCGAGAGUCGAUUCAGCAGCUACGGAAACUGGUAGGUUAUUGAGUGGAUUGGCAGCUUCUAAAUAUCAUAAACCGAACGUCGAGGAUAACGAAGAAGACGAAAAAGAUGAAGAAAACGAGGAAGUUAGGGUUAAACAAAGAAAGAAGAAUACAGUAUUAGAAAGCACGUUAGUUAACUCAUUUGAACAAAUACGGACGAAAAAAAUAGACUUUGAGUUUGUCGUUGAUCCGGUUUUCAAAAGGGCGUUGUCAGACUUCGACGAAGGGGGAUCUAAAAGCUUGUUGUUGAAUAUGUUAUCUAUUGACUCCACGGGAAGGAUAUUGUUCGAUACGACGAGUGAUUCAAAAACCUUGGCAAUUGAUAACAGUAACGAGACAGACAUAGAAAAAGAAUUUGGAAUUGAUGAUGCUGAUACGUCUGUAGAUAGUGCUGAAGUUGAUAUCAAUAAUCUAGAGGCUCUAUUUUUCAAUAAUCUCGAAGAGUUAGAUAACUUUCGAGUAUGUCCGUCAAUGGAUGCUCUUCAAGACAUUGUUACUCAAGGUGCUGACAAUACUAACGUUCUCGAGCAAAUUGAAAAGCAAAAAGCGGAAUAUGAGAAUGAACAUUAUGACGACAACGACUAUGAUAAUGCUGGUUCAGUGUUUUUUGAUAAUGAUGACUACGAAAUCCACGACGAUACUGGUAUGGGAUUGGGUGAUAAUUCAAUGAAUGUGACGUUUCAGAAAUUAUUUGAUGAAACAUUUCAAAGAGAACAAAAGGAUAAAGACGGAAUAGAAGAGGUAAGUGAUAUUCCUGAUUAUGAUCUAUUAGCAUAUUUUGAUCAAGCAUUGAGAAAGAAUUGGACGAAAGGGCAUGAAAAUUGGAAGGUACGAAAUUUGAUGAAAAAGAGGAAUGAAAAAGGAGAAAUAAGAAGUCAAAGACAUGAAGUUACCACCAAAAAGAAAGAUAUUCUGACUAUUGAUUUCUUGAGUGAAGAGGAAAUCGAUGAGGACGAACUAUUUUCUGAAUCGGUAGCCAGGAUUAUAAUACCCAAACAUCAAUGGAUAACUCAAGACAAGCACCGUUUACCAGACGAUAUACACUUUACUACCAAAAGAUUAAUACAUUUAUUUGUGAAGCCCUUGACUAUAUUAAAGACUUUCAACAAAAGAAAAAUUAUACCCUAUGAAAGUAUGAAAGAUAAGACUGAUGAAGUUUUUGCCAAUGAAGAAUAUUGGUCUGAAAAGUACAAGGAAAACGAGGAAAUGGAACGGUCAAGAAGAAUGAAUGAUAUUUUGCGUGAAGACUUACAGGAAUUACACAAGUCGUACGAUCAAUCAUUUUUCCAAGAUACAUUGGGGAAUUUUCAAGAUGAUAAUGAUUACAUUGAUCCAAUGGAAGGGGGUGAUUUGAAUGAAUUAUUCAAUGGGUAUGGAUCGCAAUUGGUUACAAGUCAGAGCCACAUUAAACCAACGCAUAUCAACUUUUCAAAAGUUGCAAAAAGGGUUGAUGUCAAAUUAUUGAAGAAUAAUUUAUGGGAAAUACUAAAGGGCGACUCCAUAUUCAACAGUGAGGGGUUGAACAACGAUAAAGUAGAAAAAUUUGAGAACUACAUGGAAAAUCAGAAGAAUUCGCAACAUCUGGAAGGGGAGGGUGCUCCGGAGGAGUCCACAAAAUUUAGCAAAAUUUUGAAUAACCUCACCAACAAAUAUUCGAAAGAAGAAAAGAACGACCUAUCAACUAGUUUCUGCUUUAUUUGUUUAUUACAUUUAGCGAAUGAAAACGGGUUUACAAUUGAAAAUACCCAUGACAAUUCGGACUUAAUAAUUAAAAACAAGACAAUUGACGAUAAUAUAAAUGACGCGCAUAUAUAG